CCAAGCCUCCCCACUCUCCUAGAUCUACUACACAAGUGAGGAAACGAUUGGACUAUCGUGAAUAGUCUUCAGGCAUACCUUCCCGUUAUUCGGUAGCCCUCCGAUCUUUUGCCUUCUUCAUACUGCUAUCACCAGAGAUUCUUUCUGGCAGUUUUCUCUGAGCUAAACAGAGCAAGAAACAGGAUGUCUGCUCCCCUAAAGAUCCCAUUAAAAGAUAUAGAAUCGGUCACCAACAACUUUGCUGAUGCAAAUUUCAUCGGAGAGGGGUUUCUUGGGAAGAUUUAUGAAGGACAACUCUCUCUAUCCGGAGAGUUAGUCGAUGUUGCUGUGCGGAGGUUAGAUAAUAGUUUUAGGCUACAAGAGAUUGCGUUUGAAAAGGAGAUCUCAACUCUUACUCGACUUGAGCAUCCAAACGUGGUCUCAAUCGUCGGGUAUUGUUAUGAGAAUGAUGAGAUGCUAAUUAUACAAAAGUGAGUCGCCCGUGGAAGUCUAAGCAGUUAUCUAAGUGACCCCAGACUUACAUGGAUGAGAAGAUUGCAGAUAAGCGUUGGGGCUGUGCGUGCGUUGAGUUACUUGCAUAAUGAUGUGGGGCACAAUUUUAGCGUCAUACAUCAUAAUAUUAACUGCAAUUCAAUCUUGUUAGAUGAAAACUGGGAAGCCAAAGUAUCGGGCUUUGAAUAUUCCAUGACGAUACCAGCGGGAAAUCUAGACCUGGCAUAUGAAAAGCUUGGAAUAGGAACCCACAAAUCGGACAUGUUCUCCAUUGGCAUUGUCUUGUUUGAACUUAUGUGCGGUAAGGAUGCAUUCAUAUCAAAAGAUGAUUCGAGCAUUGCUUCAUUAGCCAUAUUCCAUUAUGAAAACAGAAGAUUGCAUGAAUUGGUUGAUCCGGAUUUAUAUGACCAAAUGAAUCAACAAUCAUUCGGUAUAGUUUCGGAAACAGCAUAUAGCUGCCUAAUCGGUGAGGGAAUAUCAUCAAAUAUGAUUCAGGUCCUCAAAUUACUUCAGAAAGCAUUGGAAAUUCAACAGGCUCAUGAAAAUAAUGAGCACCCAGUAGUUGCAGCUGAACGUAGAUUAUCCGACCACAUGAAGUUGAAGCUGAAGAGCUUGGAACAUAUGAGGAUUCAAUUCGAAGAUAUAGUGAAGGCCACCGAGAAUUUUGCUACAAAAUAUUGCAUUGUGUCUGGUGGAUUUGGAUCAGUGUACAUAGCAGAACUGGUCCAUGUAGAUAAAGCAUAUAUAUUUGCGCCUGAUAAGGAGAAUGAACGUGAAGUACCCAAGAAACGGAGCACAGUUGCUAUAAAACGCAUUAAUAAUAUAGAAGAUGAGAUGUCACAACAAGGGUUUCAAGCAGAAAUUGAAAUGCUUACGAGUUGUAAGCAUUCCAACAUAAUCACUCUACUUGGCUUCUGUGACGAAGGUAGAGCAUUGAUCCUAAUCUAUGAAUAUGCUUCCAAUGGUAGUCUCAAUUAUUAUUUACAAAAAACCAGGGAUAAUGAGAAUGAUAGUUGGGCACAACGUGUGAAAAUCUGCCUUUAUAUUGCAAAGGGAUUAAGAUACCUUCACACUACCGAGGGAGACCGAGAUGUGAUAGUGCACCGUGAUAUUAAGAGUGCCAAUAUUCUAUUGGAUGAGAAUUUUAAAGCAAAGAUUGGUGACUUUGGGCUCUCCAUAUUUCCCUCUGUCAGUGAACAGCGUCCCACUCGGUUUUCCAGUAUAACUCUAGGCACACCUGGGUAUAUGGAUCCACAAUAUAAGAAGGAUGCUAAGUUGAAAAAAGAAUCAGAUGUUUACAGUUUUGGAGUAGUCAUGUUUGAGAUGUUAUGUGGGACGGUAGCCUAUGAUAGAAAAUACGCUAAGAAUAACGCAGGGCUUGCACUCAUAGCAAGACAACACUUCAAUAAUGGAAAAAUCAAGGAAAUGCUGGAUCCUAAAAUUAAAGAACAGAUUACUGAAUCCCUCUUUACUUCAAUUAAAGGGCCGAGUCAAGAGUCUUUGUAUACGUUUUCCAAAAUUGCCUUUGAAUGCUUGGCAAAAGAACAAGUCGAGCGUCCAACAAUGGAAGUUGUAGUCAAGGAACUUGAGAAAGCCCUCUUCUUUCAGCCAAGCAGGGUCCAAAAACUCCAACUGCAAGAGAUAUUAUAUGCCACCAACCACUUUUCAGAUGAAAAUCUCCUCAAAGAAGGUGGGUUAGGAAACCUUUACAAAGGACGACUCUUUCAGUCGGGGAAGUUGUUGGAUAUCGUUGCCCGAAGGUUGAAUGGUAACUAUGGGCAAGGAGAUGUUGAGUUCCGGACGGAGAUUUCUAUGCUUUCUAGUCUCAAGCAUAUAAAUAUCAUCUCUUUUGUUGGGUUUGUUGAUGAGAAUGAUGAAAAAAUCGUCAUUUACGAGCUAGCAACUCAUGGAAGUCUGGACCAACAUAUAAGUGAUCCAACUCUCAACUGGUCACGAAGACUACAAAUAUGUUUAGGUGUUGCAAGGGCGUUGAGUUACGUACAUUAUGCUAUUAUACAUUGUGAUAUCAACAGCUCUAAAAUUUUUUUGGAUGAAGACUGGGAACCUAAAUUAUUUGGUUUUGAAUUUUCCACAAAAUAUCCUCAAAGUUGGAGGCAUCGUCUUCUCUACUCUCAUGACUCUCGCUACUCUCAUGAAAGUAUGACACCCAAAUUUGAUGUUUAUUGUUUUGGUACAUUGAUGUUUGAAAUACUUUGCGGGAGGAAACCGGUGAUUAGAGAAGAUGUUGUAGAGGAAAAAGUGGAUGACAUCAUUGAUCCUAAUUUAAGAAAACAAAUUGACACACAAUCAUUGAUCAGUUUCUUAAAUAUUGCUGAAACCUGCUUGAAAAAAGAACUUGUGGAACGUCCAACGAUGGACCAAAUUGUCAAAGAACUUGAGGAGGCAAUGGAACUUCAAUCGAAACAUGAAAAUCUUUCUGUAUUAGAGGGACAUUCAGCAGCUGCAGCUGCAGAUGAAGAUGCAUCAACCAAGCGCUCGAAGGUUGAUGAUGAUGAAAUGAAAACGGAUAGCAAAGAUAUGGAUAUUUUGAAGAUUCCACUAAGUGAAAUAAUACAGGCUACAGAAAAUUUUGCUUCCAAAUACCUGGUCGGGGGUGGCGGGUACAGUUGGGUGUACAGAGCAGAACUUGAUGUUUUAGACAUCCAACAUAUGUCAUCAACUGAAGGGAAGUGUAAAGAAGAACUACCCAAAAUAACCAAAACUGUAGCUAUAAAACACAUCACUGAUAAAAUGCAAGGUAAAGAGAGGUUUUUGAAAGAAAUAGAAUCGCUAACCAGUUGUAAGCAUCCAAAUAUAGUUUCUCUUUUAGGAUUUUCUGAAGAAAAUGAUACAAUGGUUCUUGUGUAUGAGUACGUCUUUAAUGGAAGCCUAGGUGAUUACUUCAAAAGCACAAGGACAUCUCUUACUUGGGGGCAAAGAAUACAAAUUUCUCUUGAUAUUGCUAAUGGAAUUAAUUACCUUCACACCGACAUGAAAGGAAAACCAAGGAUAUUACAUCAUAAUAUAAUGAGCAACAACAUUUUGUUGGAUGAGAAUCUGAACGCGAAGGUUGCUAGCUUUGGGUUCUCCGAAUUCCACCCAAUAGAGCAACAAGCUGACGCUGUCUAUACAAGAAAUGAUAUUGUAGGCACAGAUUUGUACAUUGAUCCAGAGUACUUGGCUACGAGCAAAUAUAAAAAAGAAUAUGAUGUUUACUCUUUUGGAGUAGUCUUAUUUGAGAUUUCGUCGGGGAAAUUAGCCUAUGAUAAAUUCUACAAUAUGGAAAAAGGCAUGGGCCUUUUACCUAUUGUGCGGCAACGAUUCAAUGAAAGAACAUUAAAGGAAUUGGUGGAUCCUAAAAUAACAGAAGAUGACGAACACGUUUUAACUAUAAAAAGAGGACCCAAUCAAGAUUCUUUUGACGCAUUUUCAAAAAUUGCGUAUCAGUGUUUGGCAGAUUCUCAGACCAAACGUCCAACAAUGGAAAUUGUUAUCAAGGAACUUGAAAAUGCAUUAAAAUUGCAGGGGGAAACUAUCAUACUCUCUAGGUUUCGACUUAGUGAUAUAGUGUAUGCCACUGAUAACUUUUCUGAAACAUACUGCAUUGGAUCAUAUGCAUAUGGAAUGGUGUACAAAGCAAAACUCGAUCAUGUUGACAACAAAGGUUCUUUAGUAGCAGUCAAACGCAUCUCUGGCAGAGAAAAAGGGGAAGGAGAACAAAGGUUCUUUUCUGAAAUUGAAUUGCAUACUACUUGUACUCAUCCCAAUAUUGUUUCUCUUCUUGGUUUUUGUUAUGAACAAGAUGAGAUGAUACUUCUUUAUGAGCUUGCUUCUAAAACAAGACUUGAUGACUAUUUGAAAAAUGUUGAUAAAAUUACGAACCUUACAUGGACACAACGUCUACACAUGUGCCUUGAUAUUGCACGUGGACUCAAUCACAUUCACACCAAGAUGGACCCUCAGCGACACGGUGACAUAAGGAGUGCCAAUGUUCUGUUAGGUAACAACCGGAAUGCGAAGAUUGCUUAUUUUGGGAUCUCCAAAUUACACCCAUUAAAUCAAGAGGUUGGCUUGCAAGUGUACUGGGAUCCAGAAUAUGAAAGGACAGGCAAAUUAGAAAAAGAAUCAGAUAUCUACUCUUUUGGAGUGGUUAUGUUUGAGAUCUUUUGUGGAAGGUUGGCAUAUGAUCAAGUUUACAUGGACAAAAGUGAGAAAGGGCUUGCACCCAUUGCUCAACGAUGCUUCAACGAUGGAACCAUAAAGAAUAUGAUAGAUCCCAAACUAAUGGAAGAAACUGAUGCAGACAUUUUUCCUUCAAAUAGAAGACCUAAUCAAGAUUCAUUGGACACAUUUUUAGGAAUUGCAUUUAGAUGUUUGGGAGAAACUCAAGCUGAUCGUCCAACCUUGGAUAUUGUCAUCAAAGAAAUUGAGAGAGCAUUAAACUUUCAAGUGGAACAAAGGAAGUGAUAACUUAUAAAGGUAAUGUGUCGGGCCUUAUUGUAUGUAGCGUUGAAUUUCGUCAAAUGUAAGUACAUUCAAGACAGUUUCAGCCAUAUUUGUUCUUACUGAAACUUACUCUUGGUAUUGGAAAAAGAAAGGCCUAAGUUGUAUGUGGCACUUUAAGAUAGAUAGUUGUAAAUGGUUUACCUUGUGAUGUUUUAUGUUGUUUGUAGUCGUGUUUAUGAUGCGGGCCCA